CGUUGAGAGAAAUGGAGGAUGUAUAAUUCGCAAAUAGUAUCAGGAUCUUCAAGCUACAUACAGAUCAAAAAUUUUCAAGUACACGUAUUUUGUUUUAUGAUAUCACGUUGUUUUUUUAACUUUUUCAAGGACCUUCGAACAACAAAUAGCUAUUCAGAUCGGAGGUCAUCCUGAUAGUGAUUGGUUCAGUUUAAGCAGUUAGUGCGCGUUUUUAUCGGUGAGGAGUCUAUGGUUCUUUCAGUUUAUAAACGUUCAAAGUGAUCGCAUGUUGGCAUAAUUCAUUCGCAAAGUCUCAUGUCUGAGCCUGGAAACUUGAGUGAUGAGCCAAUCCUUGACUCGAAAGUAAAGUGUAAUAUCGGCGAACCUUCUCAAGAUGAAAUCGAAGAUCAUCGGUCUAAGCUGUCUAUGAUAGCUGGAUUAUCCGUAAACAAUGACAUAGCUACGCUCAGUACGUCACAGUUCCCCCAAGGAAUUGCAUCAGGACCUUCAGCUCAUCGUCACCGUCGACGACGUAAACGCAUCGGUACAAACAGCACAAGGGAGGAAAGUUCAAAAGCAUUCCCUACAAAUCCAAGUGAACAUGUAAUGUUUUUACUUGGUGAAUGCGAUGGUGAUGAUGAGCAAACACAUCAGUUAUUCUGUGAAUUAGAUGAACUAUGGAAUGACCCAUCAGGAUCAGGUGAAACCGAAUGGCGAGAAGCCGCAAGAUGGAUUAAAUUUGAAGAGGAUGUGGAAGAAAAUGGAGAACGUUGGUCUAAGCCACAUGUAGCUACACUACCUUUAUUCUCUGUAUUUGAACUACGCAGUUGUCUGGCAAGUGGAGUAAUUAUGUUGAAUCUGGAAAGUUAUAGCAUGGAACAAAUUGCAGAUUUAGUUUUAAAUUUAUUAAUAUCCGAAGACCGUUUACCGUUAGAUCAAAGAGAUCUGUUAUUCGAUGUGUUAUUACGUCGUCAUGUUCAUUUACAUGAACGACUUCGACCGAAACUUAUUGGUCGUAGUGCAACAAAUCUCCCAUUGAUUCGAUCAUUAGCAGAUAUUGGCAAACGACACUCAGCAAAAGAUGUUGAAAAAGCUGGAGAAGCACCUUAUACAUCGCUAGCUAAAAUGCCCACAUUAACUGGAAUGGAUUCAUUGGAUCCGGCUACAGCUGCACACAUUACAGCUCAUGCACAAGCACAACCGUCUGGACCAUCUGAAGUAAUGUCUGGUAGUUUACAAGGGAAAUAUGAUUUACAUUUCUUGAAAAAAAUUGCACCUGGAUCAGAGACUUCCAAUAUACUUGUUGGUGAAACAACAUUUUUAACAACACAAAUCACUGUAUUCAUUCGUUUAAAAGAGGCUGUUUUACUUGGUGAUCUCACUGAAGUACCAGUACCGACAAGAUUUCUGUUUAUACAUCUGGGUACUAUAGGUAAUGCAGCUAAAUAUCGUGAAAUUGGUCGUUCCAUGGGUGUACUUAUGUCCGAUGAAGUAUUUCAUGAUGUUGCUUACAAGGCUCGAUCUAGAACAGAUUUGUUAGCCGGCUUAGAUGAAUUCUUGAGCGCUGCAACUGUCUUACCACCUGGUGAGUGGGAUCCAUCAAUUCGUAUUGAACCACCAGCAUCAGUUCCAUCACAAGACAGUAGGAAAACGACGGUCAGUAAUGGCCCUCAGUCAACUGUGAUCCCACUUCAAAUUACUACUUCUGAACCUGGUGUAGCAGUUGUUGAACAACUUCAUGUUGGUGGAGAUAAACUUGCCAGUCUUUGUUUAGCCGCCGUAGGUAAUGCUACUCCACGUAGUCAACAAGUGGAUGGGGUUACCAAACCUAUUGGCCAAAGUGAUUCAAUACACAAGUCAAAAACUGAUCUUGCACGAAGUACUGGCAGUCGUUUAGAAUUGACAAAUAUCGAGUCUGGCGGUGGUUCUGACGACCAUGGUGGUGGUGGGGGUCAUGGAGAUGAUCCAGCAUUAAAUCGAACUGGUCGCAUUUUCGGUGGUCUAGUACAAGAUAUUAAACGUCGUGCACCGCAUUAUGUCAGUGAUUUCACAGAUGCUAUACAUGUACAAUGUUGUGCAAGUUUCAUUUUCCUCUAUUUUGCUUGUUUAACACCAAUCAUAACAUUUGGCGGUUUAUUGGCUCAAGCAACUGGGGGUUAUUUAGGAACAAUUGAAAGUAUAUUAUCAGGUGCAGUUGUAGGUAUCACAUAUUCACUAUUUUCUGGACAACCGUUAACUAUCAUGGGUAGUACAGGACCAGUUCUAGUAUUUGAAAGUAUCAUAUUUAGAUUAUGCACGAAAAUGGAUUGGUCAUAUUUAAGCUUUCGUUUAUGGAUUGGUAUUUGGGUCGCUGUUGCCCUAUUCAUUAUGGUUGCACUUGAUCUGAGUGCAUUAGUCAAAUUUAUUACACGUUUCACUGAAGAAUCAUUUGCAGCAUUAAUUGGUUUAAUAUUUUUUAUUGAAGCAUUAAAGAAAACUUAUGCAAUAUCAAAAAAAUACAAAGUAGAUUUAUCCUGGUCACCGGAUUUAGUCGAUAAACAUCAUUGCGCAUGCUUUCCAUCAGAAAAUCAAACAGAUUUUGAAAGAUUAUCAACAAUGUAUGAAACGCAUCCACUUACACAUAUUCCAUUAGUUGGAUUCAAUUCAACUUUUGAACCAGAAUCUGUACAAGAUUUGAUGGAAAAACAAAUUGAUUGGGAGGCCAUUUCACGUGGUCGUUACUCUUGGAAAUCACAAGAAUAUCAAGAUUUAUGUGUACAGUUGAAUGGUACAUGGAUAGGCAAAAGUUGUCGACCAUUUUAUGUACCAGAUGUGUUCUUCUUUUCGUGUAUCCUAUUUAUAGCAACAUUUGUGUUAGCCUUUACAAUGAAAUCGAUGCGAAAUUCAUUAUUCUUUCCUACUCGUGUACGUCAACUAAUAUCAGAUUUCUCAGUGGUAAUUGCAAUUGCGAUCGGUACUACAACAGAUUUCUUGAUGAAUUUACAUACACCGAAGUUGUUAGUACCAACAACAUUUGAACCAACAUUGGGUUAUAGUAAACGUGGCUGGUUUAUACAUCCAUUCGAUAAUAAUCCAUGGUGGACAUCAAUUGUUGCUAUCGGACCAUCAUUCCUGGCAGUUAUUUUAAUUUUUAUGGAUCAACAAAUUACAGCGGUCAUUGUGAAUCGACGUGAGCAUAAAUUGAAGAAAGGAGCUGGUUAUCAUUUGGAUUUACUUGUUGUCGCAGUUACUAUAUUAAGUAAUUCAAUCCUUGGAAUCCCAUGGUUUGUCGCAGCAACGGUCCUGUCGAUUAAUCAUGUUUUAUCAUUGAAAAAAGAAUCCGAAACAAAUGCUCCUGGUGAACGACCAGUUUAUUUAGGCUGCAGAGAACAACGUGUCACUGGAGUAUUAAUUUUCCUAUUUAUUGGUUUAUCUGUAUUUAUGACUCCUUUAUUAUCACGUAUUCCAAUGCCUGUACUGUAUGGAAUAUUUUUAUUCAUGGGUAUAUCAUCAAUGCGUGGCAUUCAAAUGUUUGAACGUCUUAGUUUACUAUUUAUGCCGGUUAAAUAUCAGCCAGACUAUCCUUAUUUGAGACAUGUCUCUCUACGUCGAGUUCAUUUAUUCACGAUAAUACAAGUUGCUUGCUUAGUUAUGUUAUGGGUUAUUAAAUCAAUUGAAGUACUUGCUAUUCUCUUCCCUAUUAUGGUUUUAGCCAUGUGUUUCAUACGUAAAGGAUUAGAUUUUAUAUUUACACAAGAAGAAUUAAAAUGGUUAGAUCAAAUUUUACCAAGUACUAAACGUAAACCAUUUCCACGUUCAUUAGUCACAUCUGUGCCAAGUAAUAAUGAUUUUAAUAAGAACACGAAAUUUUCAAGUAGUGCGAAUCUUUUACAAGAAAAGAAAAUAUCUCAAUCAGAAGAAAAGCGUAUCAAUAUCACAGAAGAAAUGUCAAAAACAUCUAUAUGGCGCCAGUUAAGUGGUGCGGAUAUAAAUAAUGAGUGUAAAAAGGCUUCUAAUAAAUCGAAAGAUACAAAGCCUAGUAGUGGGAGUUCAUCAAAAACACGACAUCGUAAAGCGAAACACUUUUCGUCUACAUCACCGUGUGAGGAUGAUGAGGAUGAAACCCUCAGAACUGAAACGAAUCAUUUAUCCAAUAAUUCUACUACGACUACUACUCCUGGUAAUAAUAGUAAUAAUAAUAAUUCCGACGCUAAUGAUCAACAUGAUCAAUCCACAUCAAAUUCACCAUCUGUAGCGUUCCCAACAAAACAGCAACAACCAGUUCUAUUCUGCAUUGAUCCCAAGGAUACAGUAAAUAAUACAAAAGGACAAACUAUUAAUGUUAAGGAAGAUAGGAAUACUGAUAGUUUACCAUUAUUAGAUACACCGAAAAUUAUGAUAAAUCCACCAUCGAAUCAAGGAUCACCGGAAACAGCGCAAAGACGACAACAACAUCGUGUACAACGCAUUUAACAAUCUCAGUUAUAAAGGUGACGAAUUGAAAAGGAGCAAGUAAAGAAUAAUGAUAGAUUUUUCUUUUCUCUCUUAGAAAAAAACAGUUCCUCCUACUAUUGAUGGUUUUAUAUGAAUUGCUUCCCACAUUUUUUAUUACAAUAAAAUUUCUUGUGUGUGUAUGUGUGUGUUGGUUGGUCUAUGUGAAUGCAUGUUUAUGUACAUGACUUUAAGAAGAAAUGACGAAAGACUACUGAAAUAAUCUAAAACGCGCAUAUACAUAUACAUACAUAUGUAUCCGUAUACUUUCGGAGUACAUUUUAAUCAGUCUUUCCACCUUUCCACUUCCUAAAUUUAUUCACUGAUUAUCGAUAUCGUAUUGGUAAGGAAGAAGAUUAAAGCUGAAAAAACAGAAUGUAUCCAAUCAAAAUUGUCGUAAGCAAAUGCCUAACAAAGCUGCAUGAUUUGUGUAUGAUUCUUCCUAUUAUUAUUAUUAUUAUUAUUAUUAUUAUUAUUAUUAUUAUUAUUAUUAUUAUUAUUAUUAUUAUUAUUAUUAUUAUUAUUAUUAUUAUUAUUAGAUUUUAGAAUUAAUGAGAGGUAUUUGUAUUAUUAUUCGAACACUUUUUGAACAAACUGAGUGUGUACGUGUAUGUGUGUAUGUUCGGAUAAAGUCAGGAAUAGAAGAUUUAAAAGUGUAAUUCUUAUUUGUUUGGUACAGUGUUUUCCUCUUUUCUUUUGUAUACAUACACAUAUGAAUCUUCUUUUACUGAAAAGCUGGUCCUUUGACCCUUUUUUUUCUUAAAGAAAAUACUAAUACAUACGUUUUUUUCAAACAGUGAUUUACUUCACUUCCGUUUCAACCCACCUCUCCAUAACACAGCUGCUCUUUGCAUCCUCGUUAACAUCAUCAUCAUCAUCAUUAUCGUCAUCGUCAUCCUCAAGCUUCAUAACUCCUGAUCUUGAUUGUUAUUGUUACCAUUAGUACUUUUUUUAUCAGUUACAUUAUAUUUUGUUUGAAUAACAAUUUCAUAUUUGUUAUUGUCAUGGAUAAACACAUUUUCUUAUACGAAAAUUGCUAGAAUACAAUACAUAUAUGAUCAUUAGAUACGUCCACCCAUGUUCUUUCCUACCUACCUCCCUCUGCGCCUCUUUUUUUUAAAAAAAAUAAUCCAAUACACCUUUACAUUACAUGAUCAUAUCUACUGUUUUCACCACUGAUUAAUUAAUACUUAAAGAGUUUAAUCUUUCUCUAUUCUCUAUUGUUGUUCUGAUUUGUUAUUUGACCGUUUCUAUACACUCUGCAUUGUUUACAUACAUACACACACAUAAACCAAUGAUAAAAUAUCAUUUCUAGUCAAUGAGAAUGUUAGGUUUCUACAUUGUAGUAAUUUAUUUACUAUAAUUACCAUUAUUAUUAUUAUUAGUAGUAGUAGUACUAUUAGUGGUAGUAAUAGUAGUAAUAAUAAUAAUAAUAAUAAUAAUAAUAAUAAUUGUACUUCACAUUGAAUCAGUUGGUUCACUUUCAGGAAUCAUUCUAUGCCUCUACAUUGUUUUGUUAUUGUUGUUACAUUACUCUUAGAAACAGACAGUGUUGGUAAAAAUUAAUUUUUGAUUUUGGGAACAUAUAUAUAUAUUACAUAUAAUGUACACAUUUUAAUGGUACUGUCUAUUUAUUUAAAUGAAUAAAUAAAAAAAUACCUGUGUACAACGAAUUGUAGGAGAUUUGAAAGACAAUAAUGCGCGAAAAAAUAAAUGAAUUUUGAAGAUACAAACAGAUAUGUAACAUGAUUAGAGAUACUAUUAAUAAUAAUGAUUAUUAUGAUUAAUUGUAGUCAUAGUAAUGAAAAUAUCAUUAUUUUUAGUCUUCUUACUGAUUAUUAGAUGUCAAACUUAUAUGAUUAAUCUACUAUACUUUCAUAGAUUCAUUGUAUAUCUAUAUACAGACAAACACAUAUACAAUCUAAUAUCUCAGUAUCUUCUUAUCUUUUCUCUUUUCUGCCGAUGUUUUGGUGAUGGCAGCGAUGGGAUUGACGAUAACAAUAAUGAUGAUUAUGUUUGCAAUUAUUUUUUUUCUUAAUUCCCUCUAACUUGCUCUUCUAUUCGUUUUCCUUUAAAGCGCCAUAGAGAUAGUAAGGUGCCAAGAUGGGAUAAUAAGGGUGAGUAUGUGUAUUUGUGAGAGAUAAUGGACGAUAAAAAGCAGAUAACAAAGUAGAUGUAAUUUGAUAUAUGUAACUGUAGGGUAAGAAAACCGUUGCUUAUUAUUACCAUGAUCAGUUUGUAUACCUAACUAACUCCUAGUCAACCGGGUACCAUAAAAAACAGUAGUAGUAGUAGUAGUAGUAAUAGUAGUAACGAUAGUCACAAUAGUCAUAUUAAUCUCAUCAUUUUUACUAGAUUGAUAAGAGAGAGGAAAACUAUCAUUAUCCCUCCAUUUCGCACCCUCCACUUGACCCCAUCCAUAUGAAAUUUCCUUAUUUUUCUGUGAAGAAAUAAUUUCAUUUACUUAUGUUUGUGUCUCUUCAGCAAAACUAUGUUUACUACUACUGAGGAAUAAUGUACUGAUGAAGCUUACUUUCCCUCUUUCCCAUAUACAAAUAAUCCCUAACUUCCCCUACUCUAUCCUCUUCUAAUCUAGUAAAUACCUUUACUUACUACAAGCAAGAGUUUUUUUUCUCUCAAUUAGUUAUAUUUUCUUGUAUCUAUGCCUACGUACACAUGUACGACUGGAGAUGCAUUACUCAAUUCUUACACUAGAGCAUUUAGCAAAAAAUAGACCAACUUUGCUUCGUUUGUACUAUUGAUUCCCCUCAUUUUUUUUGAAAAUAAAAUUGUUAGUUACAGAAAAAAUAGAAUAGUAGGUUAUCCUGUUUAAACUAGUUUUCAUUUCCUCUUCCCAUUACGUUUUUCUUCGUACUCUCAUUCACUGAUUUUUUUUCCUGGUGCCUAAUUCCUCUCUCUUACACAUAUAUAUAUAUACACAGUGCCAUUCUUCUCUUUUAUUCAUUCCUUAUAAUCCAUCCUUCAUAUGUCUUUUUAAACUGAUAAUGACACAUGGGCAAAUGCUCUUGAUUCAUAUGAAAAAAGAAACAAACUGAAGAUGGCAUCAUUCUGUUUACUUGCUCCAGCUAGUGUUUACCUUUAACAUUAUUAUUAUUAUUAUUAUUAUUAUUAUUAUUAUUAUUACUAUUAUUUAUUGUUAUUACUUUGUCUCCUGGUUCUACCGUCAUUCUGUUUGUUCGUUCAUGAGAUAUCCUUUCUUAUGUCAGAACCAUUUCCUACCUGUUUUGCUUACAAACUAUUUUUCGACACUCUCCAUCUGACUGUCUAUCUAUACUACCCAGCUACCUGUUUAUCCAUCAAGUUUAUCGAUCUAUCUGUCUCUAUUUAACAACUAUCCUUUUUAUUUGAGUUAUUUUUAUUCAAACUUAGCAGAACCUAUCCAAUAUUAGAAUUUUACAAAUCAUAUUAUAAUUUCUAUGAAAGUGAUAAGUAUUAUUACUAAUAUGAUUUACUCAAAUAUUGUUGUUAUUGUUAUGACUAUUAUUAUUAUUAUUAUUAUUAUUAUUAUUAUUGAUAUUACUAUUUUUACUAUUGUUUCUAUUGAUACAAUAACGAAUCACUCAUCAUAAACAUAUACAACUUAAUAAAGAUGACAUCGACAAAUCAUACGUAGUAUACAUUACUGUUACUAAACUAUUUAUAAUAAUAAUAGUAACAAUUCAUACAGUCUUUUGUAGUCGUGCGGUUCCUGCUGCUGUCAGUAGUAGAGUAUCCAACUGUUUGUCCGUCUGUCUGUCUAUCUAUUUGUCUAUAUUUCAUGUGGUGAUAUUAAUGAUUCAUCAAGUGGUAAGGUUAAUCAUAUACACAGUGAUUAACCUGGAGAAAAAUUUCCGAAGUUCUAGUGAGAAAGAAACUCUACACUGAAAAGCAAGAAGUUCUAGGGCUCAAUCUAUGGUCAGGUGUUAGGAGGUAGUCCACAGGAAACCCUGAACCUAGAUCCGUGUUAUUUAUCACUUCUCAGCAACGUGCGCAUUUACUCUUGGAGAGAUAGGUAAUCCUUGGUAGAUUCAAUACUGUGUCAAUUCAUUUUAUAGUCAGAGACCUUAUCACUGAGUUAUUCGUGCCGCGACUUACCUUUUGAACUAGGAUAUAUUUACUAUUGAUUGAUCAAUAAGUAGUGGCUAAUAUCAUGUCUGUUAAGUCCUUAGUAUUGACGAAAUCCUAUCGAUCAAGUUACAGUGUGACCACUACUAGUCCAAGCAACUGAACAUCGCGUACAUUAUAUUAGGUGAUAAGAGGUAAUCAACAGCAAUUCGAUUAGCUCUAGGAAAGACUCAACAUACAUGCGAUUGUCCACGAUUCAAUGGUCAAUCGGUUAAAAAUUAUCGGUCCGUACAACAGUGGAGGAGUCCAACACUCGGAUGAAUAUAACUAUCCAAUCCUCCUUGAAUUUCAAUUUAAGACAAAAGUUAUUGAAUUUUUCCCCGAAAUUUAAAAUUACUGUGGGCAUAUUUGUAUUUUCACUAUUAAAGUCAACCUAAUGGUUCAAUAAACUGUCUUCUAAAUGAAAAUCUCUUCAUAUCUUUCAAUACUAAAAAUCAUUAGCGUUCAUUGUAAUAUAAUGUAGAUUUAGUAUAUUUUAAAAUCUGUUAUAAUUUUCAUGUAGUUCAAGACUCAUCUGGGACUUGAUAGCGUUAUUUGUUUAAAAAUAAAUAUCUGGUGUUGAAUUGUCUGAGAUACAUUUUACUAAGAGAUUCUUCGAAAACCUCUAUCUAGUACGGUGCUUUACAGCUGAUCUAAUACAGUCUAAACGGUAAGAAAUUUGAGAAAAAGGUUAUUUGUAAUCUACUUAGCUGAGUAGGAUAGCAAAUUAUAUCAUAUUUUAGAAACAGUAAUGUUUUCUGUGGUUUAAUUCGGUUACGAUGUAUGCAUUGUAAGGUAUGACUGACCCAUUAUGCAAAACGGAAGACUGAAGUGAAUAGGAACGUUCAAUCACUAAAUCGAAUAAUAGUCAACACAUAUCAUCGUUUUUCCAGCCCACCCAAGAAUAAAUAGUUCGACACCUUGAGUAGGUGGAUAAUUGACAUCCGUCAACAAUGUCUCGUUUUUGAUCUUUCAUCCACCGCUUGAUCUUGAGAUCGUGGAGAUGUAAUCCCUUAUGUGCCUAUACGCCCAUCAUCGAUAAACUGGAACGAUCUGAUUCAGAUGUCAAGGCGCAAAUUGGAAAAGCAAAGACAGUAUUCUUCCAAAUGAACAGUAUCUGAAACGCAAAACAAUUGUCCCACAACACCGAAGUCUGAAUUUUCAACACCCAUGUUGAACCAGUUCUAUUGUAUGGAGAUGAAACAUGAGCAACUACCUUAAACAUCACCACGGUAAUAUAGAUAUGUCGGCCAAAUACCAACAUUAGUAACCUACUUUAGUAGAGAGAGGACCAGCUGUCAGUUGAGGAGGAACUAAGCAAAAGACAUUAGAGGUGAAUAAAGCACUUUUGACAGAAACCAUUAAACUUGAUUACAAGACGAAUUCUAGCUUCAGUUUCUCAAGGGUAAAGGAAAAGUUCCAGAAGAAAAAACACAUGCAUCUGGGGAUUGAAGACAGACAUCAAGACAAUGAGUAACACUUGGGAAAAACUGUAAAGGAGAGUCCAGGACAAAGUUGGUCACAAAUUCUUAGUUGAUGGUUUACCCCCCAAGAUGAGUAGAAAACGUGAUUAAGUAAGUACGUUUGACGACACAUUUUUCAUUAAAUUUCAUGAGUAGUUGUUCAUUUUGGUACUUUCAUCGCUUGUACCUUUAGUGUUGCGUCAAAUAUUCAGAUUACUUCUGAAUAUCGAUCAUGAAGCAUUUAAAGCAUCAACGUAUACUUGGUUACAUAGUUACAGUGUAUAAUUUGAAAUUACCCUGACCCAUAAUAAAUCUAGGGUAUUAUUUAAACUGCAAAUGAUCUCGAAAUAUACUAUUACUGUUGUUGUUGUUAAUUAUGAUGCGAGUUCCUUUUUCAAGACGAAAUCAUUUUUCCAAAGUUUCUGUUACGUAUCGAGAAUUCCUUAGAAGCUGGGAAAAAAAACUUAAAAACACUUUAUCCAGUCAUUGUUAAAUAGAAAGUCCUAUAAAUCUCUUUGUUUUCUGUACUCGAAACAAAAAACUUUUGUUCUAACUCUUGCGUGUUUUUAUCUUCUGUUCUGGAGACAUAAAUUAAAGAUUUCCGGCUAACUAGAUAAUAUUUAGAAGUCAGGAUCCAUGUAUUAGAUGGUGGUUGGAGGUAGUCGACAGGAAACCUUGGACCCGGGUUUCGUGCUACUUGGCACUCGUCAGCAAGGUGUACCUGUAAUCUUGUGGGAACUGGUGCUCCCUGGCGGAUUUGAUCUCGUGUCACCCAGCUUCACAGUCAGAGACGUUAGCACUGAGCUAUCCGAGCCGCAACCGACCUCCUGUAGGACUGGUGGCCACAUUGCGACAUGAUCGAUAGCAUUCGAUCUGCACUAAUAAGGACUAGACACGCAUGAGAUUGAUCGCCACCCAGUGAUCAAUCAAUUGUGAGUAUCCAUGUAUCUUUAUGUUUAAUGUAAUUCCAUGGGAGUUUUUCUUUUUCAGAAAAGGAUAAUUAGAUUUUUCUUAAUGUAUUAUUAUUUCUGUCAUGCAAUACAAUAUAGUUUUACUAAACAUUACAAACUCUAUAUCAUUCUACAAUCGAAACAAAAAAUCAAUAUUUCAUGCUGACAUCAAUUGGAUUUAUUGUAUAUUAUAUAAAUUUGUCCUUGAAUUGUUAAAAAACAUUGAAAAAGUAGCGGUAUAUUUAUACUUGUAUUGUCAUUUUUGUUUGGAUAAGGAACCAUUUUGAAGAAACAAAAAAUGGUGGUGAUGGAUAUGAAAGUUAUUUUCAUCUAUUUUCAACGGUUCAGAUAGCUCAGUGUUAACGUCUCUAACUGUGAAGCUGGGUGACACGGGAUCGAAUCCUUCAAGAAGCAUCAGUCCUCACAAGAUUACAGAUACACCUUGCUGAUGAGUGCUAAGCAGCACGAAACCCGGGUCAAGGGUUUCCUGUCGACUACCUUCAACCACCAUCUAAUCUCAAUACAUAGUGCACACAGUGUCGAGUCACCUAGACUUGUGGUCACAUUGCAACUUGGUCGAUAGCAUUCGAUCUGCACUAAAUAAGGACUUGACACACAUGACAUUGAUCCACCACCCUGUAUAAAUUUGUCCUUGAAUUGUUAAAAAAACAUUGAAAAAGUAACGGAAUAUUUAUAUUUGCAUUGUCAUUUUUGAUUGGAUAAGAAACAAUUUUGAAGAAACAAAAAAUGAUGGUGGUGGAUAUGAAAGUUAUUUUCAUCUAUUUUCAAGUGUAAAAAAUUAGGCAUAAAAUAAUGGUGAAUAAUUUUUUUCUUUAAAAAAAAUAGUUUAAAUAUACCAUAUAUUAAAUCAAUUUAAUGUACUUUUAGUAAAUUUGUAUGGAUACUAUCGAUGAUCUUUUAGUGGGACUAUAAUUUAUGGAGGACUUUUGAGAGACACCUUAGUGACCUUGAGAAUACCCACCUACGUACUAAGGUUAUAAAACAGUUUAAAGAAUAACGAUUAUGAUUUACAGUAGUUGACGGUUAGAGAUUAUGAAUUAGAUUUAUGGUUUUCAUUAUGAACUGAUGACAUUAGAUACAAUGUCAAAACUCUGUUUAAACAAAUGGAUGAAUGAAUUUUGUAUCAAAAUUCGAGACUUGUUAUCUUAAAUCUGACUGAUUUGUUCAUGAAUUAUAGUCUCAGAGAUAAUUUCAUCUUGGAAAUGAGCUGUCAUAACGAAUGACUGUAGGAUGUGACCUUGAGAUAUAUAUUUUACCGUCAAGCCAGUAAACAUUUACUCAGUAGAAUUCGAGCAAAUUUAGAGUGAAAUUGACUGAGGAUGAACUCGAUGUUGUUAAGUUAUCUAAAUAUAUCGUAGUCAGUAAUUACAGUUUAUUCAGUCACUCAAUUGAAUAUAUUUUAAAAUAAUUUCUAUGACUAGUAGCUGCAUAUGAUCUUUUUCUUGUGUCUCUUUUCCAUAGUAAAAUCAUUAAUAUCGUAUAUCCUUACAGAAGAAUACUACUCUAACUUUGUAACAAAGAGACUUUGAAAGUACAUUAAAAUUUUUGUCCAACUUUUCCUUGUUGUAAAUGGUACUUAAUGUACUGUUGGUUAACAGUGAAAAAUCAAUAUCUUUCAUUAGGUAAAUAUCGACUUCAUACUUCUAUUGAGGACUAUAUAUCUUAUUGUUGAUCAUUUUAAUUUUUCAUAUUCAUAAUUAGAUAUUAAUAGACUUUCUGUUCCACUACAUGUUAUAGCCCAAAGCCGCCAAUCAGAAGCAGCGAAUUAUCGAUCGGACUAAAGGACGCGUAAACACGUGCGAGCAGUCUACAGUACUGAUUGGUCCUGCUUUCUGCCUAGCCCAGCCAGUUAAGUCCAGAACACCAAUCUCAGCCUCUGCAAUACGAAUCCUUAUAUUUCAAACAUACUUAAUUUAUAUACCAAUCAAACAGACCACAACGUAGCAUAAAAUAGAAAGUAAUAUUUGUACAAAAUUUGGCCAAAUGUGGCUGUGAAUGUGGGAGGCAGUGACUAAUAGACAGGGCAUAAUUCAAGAAUGGUAAAACGUAUAAUAAUGGUUCAUAGGUCAAAAUAAAGCUUAUAAUGAGAGGAAUAUGAAUAUGCAUAGUUUAGUUAUUUAUCAAUUAUACGACAAAAAUAUACGUUUAGUAUUGGUCCAUAAAAGGAUCCCAAAGUUACCGUUCAUUAUGUUUAUCGGGACCUAACACUACUUCAGAUUUCUUUAUUUUCCAACUUUUUUUUCAUUCACGAUUGAACAAUCUACUCUAUUAGUAAUACAAUUCAAUAUUUAAUUUUCAAGUCUUUAAAUUAUAAUAGAAAUAAUGGAUUCUAGGGGUCUAGAUAAUAUUCAUUGUUCAAAAUAUUCCAUAUUAGUUUCAUUACAUUCACAGUUGAUCAUUAUCAUGAAUCCUGAUUAUUUUUUUUUCGGAUUCAUUUUAUUGCUAUUCAAAAUCACUACUCUUUUCUUAUUGUUACUAAAUCUGAAUAUGCAUUUUGUCUCAUUUUAGAUAAAAGAAAUUGCAUAUUAGAGAAGAGAAAAAAAACAAAAACAGAUAGCUUACAAAUAUUCAAUAUUUACUGUCUUCCCCCCCCCCUCCUCUCCCCUAUCUCUCUCUCAUUACUCUAUUUUGUUUAAAACUAAACCAAGGUUGUCUGCUUACUAUUUUUAGUGAAAUCUGCCCUUAUUAUUUUAUGAAAAUGAAUAUAUACCAUCAUCAUCAUCAUCACCUAUUAAAAGGGAAUCUGACCUUGAAUCACAACCCAAUCAGCCAAUCAGAGUUCAAAAGAACCUAUGAAGAAAUUAACAAGCAAUUUGUAAAAAAUCCUGUAUUGCUUACCACACUACUUAUUGUUGGUGUUCUUUUUAGGCCUAAAUAAAAAUUUCAAUGGUUAAGAUCAUGAGUCAGUUGAAGGUAGAUCACCAUGGAAAACCUGAAAGCACUGCACGACCGUUUCGUCCUAAUGUGGGGCUCCUCGGCAGUGCCCAUCCACUACUUCGCCCCCGGUGAGAUUCGGACUCAGGACCUAUUGGUUUCGCGCGCGAGCACUUAACCAACUAGACCAUUUAGCCAGCCGGCAUUCAAUGGUGUUAAAGUCUAACUUCAACUAAUCCACGAAAUUGAGCGACACAUUCACCAUUGUCUUCAGUGAGUUACUAUCUCACAACAGACCUGGUUGAAUUGAUUGAAAUUUUUGUUAAUUUCAUGUUUAUUUAGUUUAUUUUUCAAUACUAAAAAAUAAGAUAAGAUGACAUUAAAUUAUGUGAUAGAGACUAACUGGAGUAUACUAAUUCUGUUUCAACCUCAAUUCCUUUCAAUAAAACAAUUUUCGUGAGACUAUAAUUUAUGAGAUGGUGGAGAAGAUUUGUAGGUCAGGUGGAUGAUUUUGAUGGAGUUUUGUUCUCUGAGUUGGAUGGUUUGGUCGUGGAGCUUUCAUCGUUCUUCUGAACGAAAUCAUUAAUACAAACUUCAGAUAGAAGUGAAGUGUUUUAGUUGGCCUUAUUUCUUGUUGUGUAUCUUCACUGAUUCCGGAAGUUUUUUUUUGCCUUAUUUCACUUCUAUCUGAAGUUUGUACUGAUGAUGUCGUUCAGAAGAACAAUGAAAGCUUCACGGCCAAACCAUUCAGUUCAGAGAACAAAACUCCAUCAAAAACUAUAAUUUAUGGACGAAUCAAUCAAAUUUAAGAUGACAAAUCUUGGGUUUUAACGCGAAAUUCAUUUUGGCAUUUUAACUGAUGUUGUCAGUUCAUGAUGAAAACCAUAAAUCUAAUUCAUAACCUCUAACCAUCAACUAUUAUAAAUCAUAAUCGUUAUUCUUCAAACUGGUUUAUAACCCUCAUUUAAUCCUAGUUAGUAAGUGAACAUUCUCAAGAUCUAUUUAGUAUUGUUCAAAAGUCCUCCAUAAAUUAUAGUCUCACUAAAAAAAUUUUUUCAACAUGAAUAUAUAAAUGAAACACAUUCAAUUGUAAAACAAUACAAACACAUAAAAAGUUGUUAAUUUUACCCAUAACUAAAUAAAUGACCAAUCAAUGUUUAACUUAAAUGCUCAUCUUUAUGACCUUGGUAAUAUAAAGCCUGUCGUCAAUUGACUUCCCGGUCAAUAAUAAUAUGAUCAUUGUUUGUUUGUUUUUUUCCAAAAAUAAAGCAUAACAUUUAUUCAUAAUUUUUUGCGGUUUAUUUUUUCCAUUUUAUCCAGGCAAUCAGUCAGUCAGCUACAACGUAGGACUAGGCACUUGUAUAAAUCGGUUCAAGUUGCCAUACUUCAUUAACACAACAAGAUGGAUACCGGAUUCAUAAAAGUAGUUAAUUCAGAGGUGGUAAUAUAUAAAAGAAAGAUUGCAAUAAGGAUAUAGUACAGGAAGAAAGAAUUCGUUCGUAGAAAGAAAGAUAUGAAGCGAUUUCAAUUUCACGGUUUAAGGGAAGACAGAGAGUCCACGUAUAUAUUAUAUUUGGUAAUUUAACAAAUAUAAAAUCUAGCAGUUAAGUCAAUAAAACGGAAUAGUUCUUUUCUACAAUCACUAACACAUAAUCGAAUAACUUUAAAAACCACAGAUGGUACUGGAUGUUAUUCAUGUAUUUUAUGAUACAUUAUUUAUUCAUUAUGAAAUAAUAUAAUGACUACGAAUGUGUUGUUCUAGAAUAAGAACUAUUCAUGUAGAAUAUACAUAGUAGUUAUUACAUUUGCUUUGAAAUUGAUCAAAUAAUACUAUUCAUAAAAGUAAAAUGACCAAGUUACUUUGAUUGGAAGUAUAGUUUAAGUUUUUUUAAAAAAAAGUGUGUUUCUCUCUCUCGGUUACAGCCAAUUGUACUAAUCGUUCUUCUGGAUUAAUGUAAGCUGUUAGUUUGAGACAUAGUCUUAACGACUUUUCUUUUAUUAUUUCAGUGAUAAUUUAGCGUGUUAACAUGAACCAAUACCCAUAUAAUAUAUCUCAGGUUCUAUGUUGCUCAUGACUGAAUGACUGACUGACUGACUAACUUACAUUUCCAAUAGUCAAUUGUGAUUCUUUUUUUUCCAUUGAUGUUUCAAUUUUUCCCAGUGUUCAUAUAGUAUCUUUGCAUUCGACUACAGUUCUAUUCAAAUAACAUCUUUUUACUAGUGUUCAGCAAGUAUAAUGUGCUUGGUAAUAAGAAUCAUAUGUAGUAAAAUAGUUUUUCUGAUUGGAUUUAACAUCAACUUUGUUGGGGACGGUAGAUCCCCAGAACUCACUUGGGAAAGGACCUAAUUUUGUAAUUUUAUUUAGAAAAUUUGAAUUUCUUUUUUUUUCAAACCAAAGGCGCUCUUGUCACUUUCAUGUCGCGUUUCCCAUUGGGAAGUAUUUUAAAUGCUAUUGGUCCGUUGCGUCUUCUAGUAUGCCAUUUGGUAACUCUCCACAAGCACGGUUUUGUACUGUAUAUAUACGUUCUGAAUUGUGUUUGUUGUUAUCGCUCGUUUCUGGCUGAUUCGCAGAAUAUACUUCCACAUUACAAGCUUGGAAUUCUCCCUCUCGUUAGCGAGACUAGGACUCAUCAACAGCUAGCUUACUGGUCUUUGUUCACCGAGUCUUGUUCUCGUUCACAGAUUAAGUGAACUCGUGAUAGCUUAAACCCUAGCAAACUUACAAAUAUAUCUAAAAUAUUUUAAAAAAACGUAGACCGAACAGUUCAGUGAUAAUAUAUCUACUAUACUUUCUGGAACGGAUUUAAAUCCAAUCAAGAGCAUUAUUUAUUACAAGAUAACAGAUACUUUCCAUCAUGAAACUUGGAUCAAACAGAGUUUUCUGUCCAUCACCGUCAGUCAUCUAACAUCAAAACAUGUUCCAUGCAACGUCGAUUUUCUCGAAACCACAUUAUUAGCAACUACUGAAAGCCCUUGAUUAUUUAUAUUCUAUUUUUCCCUGAAUUUUUACAUGCUCAAAACAUUUGUUAACGUUAUUAAAAAUAGCUAGUGUAAAUUUAUCACUUAUAUAUCUUCGUCAUAAUUCUAGAGAAUGAGGGAAAAACUUUAUACUAGUAGGAUUCCCUCUAUUCGGCAAAUGUCUUUCAUGACUUUGAUUACACUGAAGUUUCACUAUUAUUACUAUUCUUAUUUCAUACCUUGAGAUUGAAAACAAUUGUGAUGAUCAAUUACAAUUACUAUUAUAUACAACUUAGUGAAACGUCAUAGGUCAGUGACGACUGAUAUCACUGGUCAUUUUACAUAAUAAAUGUUUUUGAUGGAGUUUUAUUCUCUGAGUUGGAUAGUUUGGUCGUGGGACUUUCAUCGUUCUUCUGAACGACGUCAUCAGUACAAACUUCAGAUAGAAGUAUGUCAAAGACAGAUAAACAAAAUCUGUACUUAAAAACUUCGUAUCAUUGUUAGCAACUAUUUUAUUGUUGCAUUAGCCAAGAUCUUCAUCUAUGAUGCAUUCUUUGUUAACUAUAUUUGAUUCUGAGUUAACAAUUUAUACGUGAUUUCCAUACUUCGACUAAUUUAAAAGAAUUUUAAUCACCUUUAUUCGUACUUAUGUAAUGAAAAUUGACAUUUUAAGAAACGAUUUUUAACUUUUCGUUAUUGUUAUGAAAUCCGAUUUUGUGAUUUGAUUGACUAAUUUUGAUCAUUAUAAUGAAGGAAUGAUACAAUGUGUCAUAGUGAUGAACGUUUACAAGAUCGAAUUACUGAGAUAAGUUCAUGAAAGAUCCAAGGUGAAAAACAAAUAAUCACUAGGCAGAGGAAUAUUUUACGUUUCUUCUAACAAAAUAAUACGCUUAUAUACAAAGUAAUAGCAUAAUAUAAACAUGGUCAUGUGUCCAAAAUAGUUGACCAAUAUCAAUCUCGAAGAAUAUUUACUCUCCUAUGAAAGAAGACCUUACUGAUAUUGUAUUAGUAACAGUAAUGAUAACAAUAAAUGAUACAUUAAUCCUCAAAUUUAGAUAGUCACCGAAGUUAAGCCAAUUUUUAAUCACAUUUUAUACGUAUUGGCUUGAAGAUGUAUUCUGGUUAAGGUUCUUUUUGGCAAGGUGGUUUUCUACGGGAUGAGGUUGCCGAUCUCAUGCCCAACUCUCCUACUUUACCCGGGCUGGGGAUCGGCAGUAGCCCCAGAGGAGCUACAGGCGAAGUUUUGGAGGUAUAUUACGACACUUAAAAAGUAACAGAAGAAAUUGGAGGACUUUAAAAAAACAGUAGUUUCAAUUAUGAUAGUUACUUUGAUGCUUUCUAAUUCUAUAUUGUUAAAUUUACUUAUUUGAACGUGUUUCAAUGGUUUUUCUUCUUCUUCUUCUUUUUGCAUCUUUCUCACUUCUUUUCACAUAUGAAGUCUCUACACUAAUAACAAAUUAUUUAAAAAUUUCAUCAUGAAAUUAUAAGUAUUAUUACCAAGUUCACUUGGUAUUGUUUGGCUUGUAUCUUCCCAUUGUUAUUUAGGACUGCAAUUGAUCAGUCUCUUAGUGGCAUAUGUGCACAUUGUGUGGAUUGCCUCGAUAUUGUCUUCAUUCACAAGCUAUUUGUAAGCAAUGAUGGAUAGUGGCUAGCAGUGGAAUUCAGGACGCGCGUUUCGUCUUAAUUGGGACUCGUCAGCUGGAUGUACCUGCAUCUAAGAGUUGAUGUUCACUCUGGGACUCGGACCCAGUACCAUCCGCUUCAAGCGCCAUCGCGUUAUCCACUUACCUACUGAGUCCUGUUUGUGUAAUGGGGUGAAUUUAAAUUCACUUGGUAUUGUUUGGCUUGUAUCUUCCCAUUGAGGUUUAAGACUGCAAUUUAUCAGUCUGUUAUUGGCAUAUGUGCAUACUGUGCGUAUGCCUCGAUAUUGUCUUAAUUCACAAGCUUUUUGUAAGCAAUGAUGGAUAGUGGCUAGCAGUGGAAUUGAGGACGCGCGUUUCGUCCUAAUUGGGACUCGUCUGCUGGAUUUACCUGCAUUCACCUCAUUGCACAAGCAAGUGCCUAUCAGGACUCAGUAGCUGAGUGGAUAACGCGAUGGCGUUUGAAGCGAAUGGCACUGGGUCCGAGUUCCAGAGUGAACAUCAACUCUUAGAUGCAAGUACAUCCAGCUGACGAGUCCGAAAUAGGACAAGACGCGCGUCAUGUAUUCCACUGCUAGCCACUAUCCAUCAUUGCUUAAAAAAAAAUUUUAUUACCAAGGUUUGACCUGAUCAUUUCGAACAGAUUAAGCAUUGAGUGGAUUGUUAUAAAUAAAGAUAAUAUAUUUGUAAUAUUUCAAAUGAGUAAAAAAAAUUAGAUUUUUUUUUGACGUUUCGUAACUUAAUGUAAGCCACUUCUUCAGAGAACAAUGUAAGAAUAUGAUGUCAUAAUAUUUGAUGAAAUUGUUGUAUCUAUCUAUAACUUUACAAUUUUUCUUUUAAAAAAAAUUGAUUUUCUUUUCUAUUAUGUACCUUAGGUGAAUACCAGUUAGUUGUUCCUUCUUUUUUUAUCAAAAAAGAAAAUAAUGAAAAUCAUAUUGAUUAGAUCAUAAAAGGAUAAUAAAACUUUAAUAUUAAACAUGUAUAGCCUUUAAAAUUUUCUUUGAUUGAGAUCAUGAACCGAUUGAUGUUACACCAUUGUUGGAAACCUUGACGCACUAGAUGGCCGUUUCGUCCUAUUGUGGGACUCCUUAGCGGUGCGCAUCCACGAUCCCGCUCGCCGGAUUCGAACCCAGGGCCUUCGGUCUCGCCCGCAAACGCUUAACCUACUGGACCACUGAGCGGGGAUCCAAUGGUGAUAGUGUCUAACAUCAACCAAUGCACGAAAUCGCGCGACCAUCUUCCGUUUUGUUCUAUUUCACAUUUCACUAAACUUAUGUAUGUAUGUAUGUACCUGAAUUACCAGCCUGACUAACAAAUAAAUCGAUUUCAUACUUAAAUUGUGUUAAUACGACCUUGAAUUUGAUUGGUUCAUUUUAAUGGAUUUAUAUGUGUGUAUGCGUGUGUAUAUAUAUAUAUAUAUAUAUAUAUUUAUUGGAGAAUUAAUUGAUUUAUAUUAAGGAAGUCAGAUGCUACAUAUUUGAUUAAUUCUAUAAAAUCAAUAAUUAAUUAAUUAUAAAGAUUGGAGAUUAUAAUUUAUGGAUAAUCUCUGAGCGAUGUUAAAGUGACCUUGAGAAUGUUUAUCUACUAACUAGGAUUAAAUAAGAGUUAUAAAUCAGUGUAAGGAAUUAAAAUUAUGAUUUACAGUGAAUGGUUAGAGGUUAUGAAUUAGAUUUAUGCUUUUAAGUAUAAACUAACAUCAGAUAAAAUGCUAUUUCAACAAAUGGGUAAAUGAAUUUCGCAUUAAAAUCCAAGAUCUGUUAUCUUAAAUCUGAUUAACUUGCUCAUACCAUACUAUUGUCUGUUACUAAAUGUUCGAUUUUGAGAACUUUAACAAUACUAUAAAUAAUGUAAGAUAAUAUGGUAAAUUGCUCAGGAUAUUUCUUUUUUUUUCCAGUAUUGUUAAAAGUAUCAGAGAACCAUUGAUUCAGUUAAGAUUUCUAUUUUUGCUAACACUACAACUCUAAUAAUAUUACUAAUAUCUGUAGUGAACAGAACACGGGUGGGGACAAUCGAAUGUAUUUAACACAAAAUUACAGGUCUUGUUAAUAAAAUCUAACGAUCAAAUAGUAAAUACGUAAUUUGUAAAAUGUUCAUCCAUUAUCUCAUAAUGACUCAGACUUCAUUGUUCUUGCAUUCCCAUACAAAUUGCAUUCUGUUUCGAUUCUUUACUGUUCGAUCCUCUUGUCUCUCUGGUGCCAGACUUUCUGUUCACGACUAACAUCAUAUACUACUUAUGUCAAUAUAAGUAGCACACACACCACAAUAUCUGUGGUGUUGAGAGAUUUUGAUUCAAGUUUUUAACUUUAUUUUACAUCGUUUAACCUAAUGCUCAUAAAAUGAAUUUAAUGGAUAGAUUUUUUAUUGAAUUAUUGAUUAUAUUACUGAUCAUGUUACAGAAAUGAAUGAACGAACUAAUUGAAUAAAGAAUCUUAAUUAUUCUAUCCCUUUAAUUAUUUUUGUGAAUAUUCAUUAAAUCAAUUCCUGAUAGUCAAAAAAAUAAUCAUCUCAGCUUUAUAAAUCCAUUCAAGGUCAUUUAUGAGAUGAGAAAAAAAAGAGAAGAAAAUAGACUUUUUUCUCUCUCUCUCUCUCGUUUUCUUCGUUACUAAUCUUCUUAAAUUUUUUGUUCUUUCUAAAUAUAUUUUUAUAUUAUUACCAUUUAUCAUCAACUUGAUUUUAUAUCUAAGAAAUUGUUUGACCUUAGGAAAUGUACAUACACGAAUGUAGAAUGGGUAGAAAUGUUAACGAUAUAUAUACGAUACUAGAAGGAUUCAACUAGGUUUAAGUGUUUCAUUCGCUGUAAGUCAAUUAGAUAUCUGUAUUUUCCUCCAUAUUUUUUAAAAUUCAAUUGACCUUGACUGUACAAUAAAACAAUAACAAUAAAAAAAGAAUAUUUAUUCCAUUUAAUUAUUACUAUUAUCAAUCAUUUGAUUGAUUUAAGAAAAUAAAUCAUGAAUAAUCAAUAAUAAAAAGGUUUGAUAGGUCCUGGGUUCGAAUCUCACGGGUUGCGGGAUCGUGAAUGCGCACUGCUGAAAAGUUCCAUACUAAAACGAAACGGCUGUCUAGUGCUUCCAGGUUUUCCAUAGUGGUUUAACUUCAAUUGACUCAUGAUUUCAAUCUGUGAAAUUUCUAAAAUGUCCACAAACCCUAUCUGAAAAAGGUUUGAUUUGUUCAAUUCGAGUUAAAUAAUUGAUUCAUGAAAUAUUAAUCUGUAAAUAUGAAUUGAGCCAUUCACCAGGAAACUGACUCAUCAGACUUUAAAGAAUUCACGUGUGAGACCAAAGGCACUGAGUUCGAAUUCCACGGGCGGGAUCGUGGAUGAGCACUGUUGAGAAGUCAUACGAUAGGACGAAAUGGCCGUAAAGUGCUUCCAGGUUUUCAAUAGUGAUCUAACAUCAAUCGGUUCAUAAUCUCAUUUAAAAACUUUAUAAUCUCCACAACCCUAUAGUGAUGAUUAAACAAAGUAAUAAUAAUGAAUUUUGAUGUGUGGGAGAGACAUAUGGAUAGUCUAACAGGUGUCAGAUGAGUUAAAUAUUCCCUUAUCCUUAUUAUUAUUAUUAUUACUCACUUAUUAUUGAUGGUUCAUUGUUGUUGGAUUGUUUCGGGUUUUGAUGUGGAAAUAUAUUUACAUUGUGGUCAGGCUAAUCAUGUGUUCUUGAUCAUCUGAGUUGUGUUGAAGUCCUGUAGAAUAAACACUGGGAAGGUAAUCUAGUGUAGAUAUUCGUUUAAGGUAAAUUAACGUCCCAUACGUGGAAACGUGGACACCCAACAGUUAUAACAUUAGACAAAGUAAAACCGAGCGUUAUAACAAAUUUGUUUAUUUCAUGAAUUGUUUUCAGCAGUUUCUAGGCUAUAGUUUCUGUUGGUUAAACUAAGAAAUUGAUUCAAUUAGAACAUCAUUCAUUUAUGUAUUAAAGUUCAGAAAAGAAGAUUGAAUAAUAAAUGACAGUGAUUGAAAACUGUAUUAUAGAUAAUGUAUAUCCAUAAAAUCACAUUAGUAAGUUUAAGAAAACAAGUACUAAUUGAAUGAAAUAUGUUAAGGCUGAGAGAAAAAAACCCAAUCUUUGUACCAUUUAAUAGACAUGAUUAAUCUCAUACUUAAUACUGUUAAAUCAAUUUUAUUUUCAGUUUAGUGGUUGUGGAGAUUGUUAAGCUUUUGAUUGAAAUCAUGAACCGAUUGAUGUUACACCACUAUUGAAAACCUGGAAACACUGUACGGCCGUUUCGUCCUAUUGUGGGACUCCUCAGCAGUGCGCAUCCACGAUCCCGCACCCCACGGGAUUCGAACCCAGGGCCUUCAGUCUCGACUUCAUGCCAUCUUCAUCUCCAUUUACCAUAAGCGCAUACAUUGGAAAAACAGAAACGAUGGCUUUAUACAUAUCUUUCUAUUCUGGUUAUUUGGAUUUUUCAUCUUAUUUCAUCUUCUCAAUUAUAAGUUCCUAAUUCUUUUUUUUCUAAUUCCUGUGUCAUUUUUUGUGGCUUGACUCAUUUCCCUUUGUCCUUUUAUCCAGUUUUACGGUUGUUAUGAUGUGAUUUGACGCCAAUUUCUAUUUCCUAGAAACUUGUUUCUAUGUACUCAACCCAUAAAAAAAUCCUUAGAAUUCUUCCAUAACUGUUGUUGUUCUACUAGCUUCCAUUGUAAUAUGAUUCAAAGUAGUCUGUAUAUUGAUUUCAAAUGAUUAACAUUAUUGUUUAAUGUUAGUAACUAGUAAAUGAAGAGAAUUCAUGAAAUUAAUGAAUUCAUAUUAUUUUGUUACGCUUGUUGAUUUUUACGGUCAGUGACUCGCAAUACUAAACAUCAAGUCCAUUACCAAUAAAUCAACACAAAUGGAAAUGAUUGACAAGAUAAUAAUUAUUAUUUCAAUGUGUAGAAAUAUAUUGUCAUUAAUUUAUGAUUGAGUAGCGACUACUGAUAUAUUCAUCUAGUCAUUGAACGCUGAACUAAUUCUAUCCGUCCAGUUGCAAUAUAGACCACUGGUCUACGUGACUCUAUUAUAUAAUGACCAUAUUUUAGUGCUGUGUAGUUGAAAAUGGUUAUUAGGAAAUCAUAUGUUAGACUAAGUUUCAUAUUAGAUGGUAACCAUUGAAAGUUGUGUGAUUCUGGUUUGACUCUAAAAUAAAGUGUUAGUUCCUUCAAUAUUGUAGGUAUGUCAGCAAAAAAACCUGGGUCAAUACAUUGAUUUCCUGCCGACUACUUCCAGUUAUAUAACAUUUCAACAUAGUUCAUGUGUUAUUUUUAGUCACUUAGUUUAGUGAUUACGCUACAACUUGAUCGAUAGAACUCAAUAGGCAAUAUCCUGAACUAAACAAACACGACAUUGGUCACUACUCAACGAUCGGUCAAUUGAUUUGAAUGUAAAACAGUUAAGUCUUGUUGUACGUAUGAAAUAUUCAAACGUUCAGUCAAAAUUUGUUUGGUCACAUUUUCCAACUUCAAUUAAUUCUUCGAUAAAUCAAUAAUCCUUGUCCGAUUUCAUUAACAGGUUAUCAUUACUUUUAUAAUAUACUUGUGAUUUAUCCCGAUUUUCCCAUUAGCAUCCGUUUUACUUAAGAAAAAUUCCCCACCACCAUCUUUUUUUAAUCUGUAUAUGUCAAUAAAUGAUUGAAAGUUUCAUUUCACUUCAAAAUUCCUAUCUCAAAACUGUUCAAUCAUCAUAAAAUUGUCAUUUUUCUUUGGUGCAAUGGCAACUAAAUUGAGAUUUGAGAAUCUGGGUGGGAGAGAGAAAGGAAAAGGAAAUUAAGUCAGGUAUGUGAAAAUUAGCUGACAAUGUACGUAAUUUCUAUGUUUAUUUAUAAUAUUGAUAAUUAAUUGGAAGGGGUUUUGUAGAGAUUGAUUUAAUUUAUGCAUUCUAUGUUUAUCAUAGAUUGAUUUCAGUUAGGAUACAGUUAAAAGUCAAAAGACGCUAGACAUAUUUCGUGCUAUCAUGAAACAUCUCUGCGGUGCAUUCCCAUAUUCCUACCGAGGAUCAAACACAAGCCUAAUUGGUAAAUGUCUCCAUCGAGACCUGAAGUUCUUGUAUUCAAUUCUUGUGUAUGAUCAUAAAUUCACACUACUGGGUAGUCCAACACAUGGACGAAACAGAUAUCCAGUGUUUCCUUAUUUUAAAUGAUUUUCUAUCGAAUGUCAAUUAUAAAGUUUAUUAUUCUUCUUCAUAUAUAUAGAUACAUACAUAAAUUGACACUGAAAUUGAUCAAAUUGAUUAAAUAGAAUUAUCAACAAAUAUUAAAACAUUCAAUCUAGUUUCCUUCUAACCAACCAACAACAGACUAUAGAAUGAAACUGGAACAGUUAAAAUUAUGUCCUAACAUUGAUAACGACAACAAUUAAUGCUUAUCUCAGUCAGUCAGUAACAACGUAGAACUUCGUACGUACGUACGUACGUACAUCAGGUCGAGUUGGGAUAACACAUUAACACAGAGAGGCAGUUGUCGAUUCAAAUCCCGUAGUGGUAGAGGUAGUAAGAGUAUAAGUAGUAAUCAGAAAGAUUAGGGUUUGGAGAUGUUACUAAAGGAGUAUAACCCAGUGGAAUAAAUUUGAAAAGAGAAAAAAGAAAGAGACAUGAAGAAUUCAGAAGAUUAACAUUUGGGAGAACACAAAGAGUUGAUGCACCUACGCCAUUGCAAGCAAUUCUCAGCCAUGUCACAUUCAAAGCCUCUAACCAUCGGUUGCUAUCGUCUCGUGGAUCCCAACCAGGUAGUCUACACCUACCAACAUGACUCAGUCUACUUGUCAGUGACUUCAUGGUUUUGUGCUAUCUUUUGGUUUGACCACCCCUAGCUUUCUUCUAACCUACUCCUACACCAUGAAACAUAGCACUUUGGAGGCAGUCGGUGGUUGGGCAUAGGUAACACGUAUCCCAGCCAUCUCAACUGAUGAAGUUUCACUACUGCUUAUUUAAAUAUUAUCAACUCAUGAUUUUCAUAAUAAAUUUCACUGAAUAUUUUGAAAAAACAGAAGAAAAAAAAACAUUCCUCUCAUCAUAUGAUCAGUUUAUUCUAGAUUGAAAUGUACGGAAGUGUUACUAUGAGUUAACAACUAAUUUUACCUGUCAAUCAAUGAAUUGUUCAUUUAUUAUUAUUAAUUUAUCUAAUUGAAUCCGUGAGAACAUUGAAACUAUGAUGAUAUGUGAAUAUUAAACUUUCAUUCAAAUAGUAAUAUACAUUUGGUUUUUAAAAAAAUAAAUAAAUAAGAGGCUACAUUUAUAAUUUAAAGUGAAUAAUUCUGUUUAACUACGUUUAAAAGGUAAUAAGUAAUAAAUAAGUAAUUGAUCAGAUUUUCAUAUACCUACUUAACUUAUUCACUUACCUAUUUAUCUGCUUAUAUGCUAGGGUUUAAGCUAUCACGAGUUCACUUAAUCUGUGAACGAGAACAAGACUCGGUGACCAAAGACCAGUAAGCUAGCUGUUGAUGAGUCCUAGUCUCGCUAACGAGAGGGAGAAUUCCAAGCUUGUAAUGUGGAAGUAUAUUCUGCGAAUCAGCCAGAAACGAGCGAUAACAACAAACACAAUUCAGAACGUAUAUAUACAGUACAAAACCGUGCUUGUGGAGAGUUACCAAAUGGCAUACUAGAAGACGCAACGGACCAAUAGCAUUUAAAAUACUUCCCAAUGGGAAACGCGACAUGAAAGUGACAAGAGCGCCUUUGGUUUGAAAAAAAAAGAAAUUCAAAUUUUCUAAAUAAAAUUACAAAAUUAGGUUCUUUUCCAAGUGCGUUCUGGGGAUCUAACGUCCCUAACAAUACACAUUGUAGAUCUUUAUUAGAAAUCAUUUACAUGCUCAUUUAGUCAAUAGAUUAAAUAAUAAUAUCUACAAAUGAUUUGUUAUACGAGAUUUCAACUUUCUAAAAUAUUAACUAAUUAAUAGUUGAAUUCAUGAUUCAAUGAAAGCUAAACCAUCAUUGAAAACCUAGAAUCACUGGAUGGCCAUUUCUUCCAGGUAUAGAACUCUACAACAGUGCGCAUCUACGAUCCUACACAUAGGACUCGACUGAGAACUUUCUGUCCCGCCUACGAACGUUUAACCUCUAGAUUAUUGAAUCGAUAUCUAAUGAUGUUAAUAUCUAAUCUCAAUCGAUCCACGAUUUAUAGAUAAAUUCAUAUUUCAUACAUCUGAAUUAGUAAACGUCUGUAAAUUCUCAUUCAUUCGUACAUUCAUUCAUUAAUUUAAAUAAUAACAGUCAUUAUUAUUAUCCAUUAUAUACGUAUAUUCGUCAAUAUUAGAACGGAAAGCAUGACAAAUAUUGGGCACCGAGUAUAGAGAAAUCAUUCAAUAUACAUGUGAAAAGUAUAUUUGAUAUAAUCUUAGCAAUUGAAAUUUAAAACAAUUCCGACGUUUCGUCUGGUGAACUUGUUUGAACUUCUUCAGGAUAGCAAUCAUUGAACUCAUCAAUACUUGAGAUGUAUGUGCUGAAAUUCGAAUUCGAUUUUAUAUUUGUCUAAUAUGACAUGAAAUUCAGUUCGAAUUGUUUCUGUAGAUUUCAUGUAUUAUCAUGAUAUGUAUGUUGAACUAGUUAAAAGUGAGGAAUGUAAUUAUAAUACAUUUGAAAACUGUAGCUUUUACAAUGUAAACACUAGUUUAAACACUUUUCAUGAGAAAUUACUGCACUCGAUGGUAAAAUGACAGUAUUAUUAGAAAAAUGAUGAUGAUUUGUUGAUGAAUAUUAACUGGGAUCUUUUGUUUAUUUGGAAGUUAUAUUGAUUUAUUACAUAAUGGAUCUCUUAAAAGGAGGUGCCUAAAUUGAUAUCUACUAAACUACUGAAGUGUAAUAGGCAACUAUUGUACGGAGGAUAAGGAUUAUUUUCUAUAUAUUUAGACAUUUUGAUGAGAUGAAGUUACAAAUAUGACUUUAUUGAGUAUAAAAUAUUUGACCAUUACAAACAUCUUAUUUCCUACAGAAUUCUUAUCGGAGCUAGAAUUGGUCAAUAAUAAAAUUCUGGGACUGCAACAAUGUAUAAUGUAGUUUUGAACUCCAUAGUUAAGAUCAGUUCUUUUAAGAUCACAAAGAGGACUUAGUGACCAAAAUUAUCGAUCUAUGUAACAGUGAGUACAGAAGUAGGACAAGCGGUAGCAUCAUCAAAUUAUACGGUCUUCUCUGUAGUACGGAAUGAAUACUUCAAUAUGAUCAGUCAGUAUGUCUACUCUGAUAAUGUCAUCAUUUUACCACCGAGUGCAGUAAUUUCUCAUGAAAAGUGUUUAAACUAGUGUUUACAUUGUAAAAGCUACAGUUUUCAAAUGUAUUAUAAUUACAUUCCUCACUUUUAACUAGUUCAACAUACAUAUCAUGAUAAUACAUGAAAUCUACAGAAACAAUUCGAACUGAAUUUCAUGUCAUAUUAGACAAAUAUAAAAUCGAAUUCGAAUUUCAGCACAUACAUCUCAAGUAUUGAUGAGUUCAAUGAUUGCUAUCCUGAAGAAGUUCAAACAAGUUCACCAGACGAAACGUCGGAAUUGUUUUAAAUUUCAAUUGCUAAGAUUAUAUCAAAUAUACUUUUCACAUGUAUAUUGAAUGAUUUCUCUAUACUCGGUGCCCAAUAUUUGUCAUGCUUUCCGUUCUAAUAUUGACGAAUAUACGUAUAUAAUGGAUAAUAAUAAUGACUGUUAUUAUUUAAAUUAAUGAAUGAAUGUACGAAUGAAUGAGAAUUUACAGACGUUUACUAAUUCAGAUGUAUGAAAUAUGAAUUUAUCUAUAAAUCGUGGAUCGAUUGAGAUUAGAUAUUAACAUCAUUAGAUAUCGAUUCAAUAAUCUAGAGGUUAAACGUUCGUAGGCGGGACAGAAAGUUCUCAGUCGAGUCCUAUGUGUAGGAUCGUAGAUGCGCACUGUUGUAGAGUUCUAUACCUGGAAGAAAUGGCCAUCCAGUGAUUCUAGGUUUUCAAUGAUGGUUUAGCUUUCAUUGAAUCAUGAAUUCAACUAUUAAUUAGUUAAUAUUUUAGAAAGUUGAAAUCUCGUAUAACAAAUCAUUUGUAGAUAUUAUUAUUUAAUCUAUUGACUAAAUGAGCAUGUAAAUGAUUUCUAAUAAAGAUCUACAAUGUAUAAUGUUGGGAAAUAUGAAUUUAUCUCACAUUAUUCCGACUAUUAAACACAAUGCUACAAAUGAUUAAUGCUUAAAUUAUUGAACGAUGUUCCUGAACUUCACUAUCAUCUCUUCCUGAAUACCAUCAUAAACAUAAUUUUCUUUUGUAAACUUAAUUACUGUUUUUUGUCUAUGUCGAAUUGUGGUGUGUGCUAUUGAUGUCGAUAGAUAUAAGUAGUAUGUAUCAUCAAUCGAAAGUGAAAUACUUGGAAGUAGAAGGUUAAGAAGAUCAAAGAAAAGAGAACGAGAACAAAGAAUGAUCGGUAUGAAAAUGAAGGAACGAUCAAGUUUGCGACAAUUGAUAGAUAUUUGCAAAAGGAACAGUGAAAUUUGAAACAGUUGAUUGAGAUUUUGCAAAUAAAGUAUUUACUGUAUGGUUCUGUAAUUUUGUGUUGAAAUACAUUCGAUUGUCACCACUUGAGUUUUCAUUCACUACGAUAUUAAAACAUGAUCAUCAAUUAAUCUCAGUGCCCGUGUGUUUUUUUUCUCUCAAAAGAAUCAGCUAAUUUAAUAGACUAUCAAAUCAGUUUAUGCUUAUCUGGAUUCAAUGUAGCUCAAUGGAUAAUUAACUGACUUUUGAAGAUGCGCAGUAUGAGUAUCAACACUAGAAUACAAGUAAAUUCAAAUGGUAAUUCUCAAGAUAGGAAGAUAAGCAUAUCACUAAUAUUUGUGAUAGGCACAAUUUAAAUGUAUAAAAUUUUAUGACUAAAUGAUGAUGUUAAGCUAAUUCACUUUGGAUAGAUAUAUCUCCAUAGAGAUUGAUCAUUUAUAGUUCAUUAACAUUAAAGUUGUUUUACGUUCAGGAAUGAAAAAGUAGAAUCCUGCAUAAUUAUCAAUUUCUAAAAUAAAAAAAAUAUCUGAAAUACUGAAAAUUAUAUCAACACAAUAUUUGAAAAGUGUUGUAACGCGUGGACUGCUGAUUAGAUGAGCAGCGUACUUAUCGAUCGGACCAAUGACAUGUAAACACGUACGAACGACCUACAUUCCCGAUUGGCCCCGCUUCUCUGUCUAGCCCAGCCAGUUGAGUCCAGAACACAUGUCUCAGCCCCUGAGUUAUGAAUCAUUAUAUUUCAGACAUAUUCUGUUUAUAUACCAAUCAACCAGACCACAUCGUACCAUAAAAUAGAAAAACAACAUUUGUACGAUAUUUAACGAGUGAAACAAAUAUUGACCAAUAGGGAGUGUACAUUCAAAGUCCAAGGCCACCAUUAGACUUAGCAUGAUAAUUAUUGGUAUAUUUUUCUGCACAUCGUAACAAAAAGUAUUGAAAUUCAAUAGUGAAAUAAUUCAUUACUCUGUAAAUUUUGAAUGAAUAAUGAUAUAUAGUUUCAGUUAUUAAUAUGUAUAAGGAAUUACUUACUUACUUACGCCUAUUACUCCCAAUGGAGCAUAGACCGCCGACCAGCAUUCUUCAACCCACUCUGUCCUGGGUCUUCUUUUCUAGUUCCAUCCAAUUUUUGUUCAUUCUUCUCAUGUCUAUCUCCAUUUCCCGACGUAAUGUGUUCUUUGGUCUUCCUCUUUUCCUUUGGCCUUGGGGAUUCCAUGUGAGGGCUUGUCUUGUGACGCAGUUGGGUGCUUUCCUCAAUGUGUGUCUUACCACUCCCAGCGCUUCUUCCUAAUUUCUUCCUCCGCUGGGAUCUGGCUUGUUCUGUCCUACAGUAGGUUGUUGCUAAUAGUGUCCGGCCAACGGAUCUGAAGUAUAAAAAAGUAUAAAAAAAUGCUAACCAGAAAAAUUAUAAGGAAUUAGAGCCACUAUAUUAUCAACUACAUUAUUUUGAUAAUGUUAUAUCCCUAUGAAAAUAAUGAAUAGUAAAUUUUGGGAUCCAUUUAUGGACGAAUAAAAUACGUAUAUUUCUAUUGUAUAACUAUUAAGUAGCUUACCUAUGUAUGUAUAUUCAUGUUCCUACCAGCAUAAGCUUCAUUUUGACCUAUAUAUUAUUAUUAUAAGAUUUAUCAUUAUUGAGUUAUGCCCAGUUUAUUAAUUACUAUCUCCCUUAUUCACAGACACAUUUGGCCAAAUCUUGUACAAAUGUUUUUUUCUAUUUUAUGGUACAAUGUGGUCUAUUUGAUUGGUAUAUAAACCCGGUGUGUUUGAAAUACAUGAUUUAUAUCGCAGAGGCUGAGAUUGGUGUUGUAGACUUAACAGGCUGGUGUAGAUGGGGAGCAGGAUCGAUAAAGAGUCUAGAUUGCUCGUACUUAUUUUGUGCGUCAUUGGUCCGAUCGAUAAUUCACUGUUCUCUAAUUGGCGGUAUCACCCCAUUAUACAUUAAUGGGGCAUACAGAUCGCAGAUUACAUAAAACACAAGUGUCAAGUUUCAUUCAAUGUACAGUUUAGAAGAGAGAAAAAUAUAAAUAAAUAUUGAGUAUAUUCAAUAGUAUUAAGACCAGGUGAAAUAAUAUCACGAAAUCUUAGAACUCAAAUAAAUAAAAUGAAUGAACACUUAUUCAAAUCAUAUCCAGGUAACAGAAAAUAACUUCUUCAAAAGACUACGUUAAAAAUGGGUACAAUAAAUGUAAAUAGGAUUAGAAUCAUGAAAUGGCAACUUUCAGUUGAAACUAUUCUAUCUAACUUAUUUCUUCAAGUAGUAUUAGAAGGAAGUGAAUAUAUUACUUAAUAAUUUAAUUAUAUUAGUUGAGUGAAGUAGAUUGAUCUAAUGAUAUUGUGAAUUGUAUACAUUCAUCAAGUUAUUGAUUGAUGAGUACUAAGUACUGCCGUGUUCAAUGUAAAUGAAUUCGACAAUUGACUAUAGAAAUAAAUCAGUUCGCAAUAAAAUCUUUACCUUCUUACUUACAUCUAAACAUGUAACUAUGUGUUCAAAUGAUAACAACUAUAAAAUGAGUUUGAAAUAUUUCAAAGGUGAAUUACAUAAAUAAUUUAAAAGUUUUGAUAAUCAUCUUAUAAUGAACUGGAUCAUUAUCAUGAUUACAUUUUAUCAUAUUCUAUAUAGAAAUUCAGAUCAAUCAAUCACAAAUUAAGUCUAAAGUUUAGGUGUUUAUGUGUGAGACCAAUAGGUCCUAGGUUCGAAUCCUGUGGGGCGGGAUCGUGGAUGCGUAUUGCUGAGGAGUUCUACACUAGGACGAAACGGCUGUCUAGUGCUUUCAUGUUUUUCCAUGGUGGUAUAGCUCCAAUUGACUCAUGAUCUCAACUAAUAAAAUUACUAUAAUAUUUACAAAACCUCUUUCUGAUGAUAAUCACAAAUCAAUUAAUAGAUAUGAAUAAAUGAAUAAAUAUGCAGCUCAAGUAUUAUGUCCAUGGAUCAUUAUGUGAAAAAGGGGAAGUGAAGUCAUUUAGGUGUGUAAAAAUUACUAGGACGUUAGUAUACAGCGAUUAAUAUUAAAGUGAUGACAAGAGUUGGAUAUAUUCGACAUCCAAUUAACAAGUGUUAACUUUAAACAGUAACUAGGGUAAAUAUGAGCUAUGUAAACAAGAAAACAAUGAGCUUGUAAAUGGCUUCAAUAUUAUGACGUAUAUACCAAGACACUACGGAUGAUGAGCAGUUUUCUCUUGAGUGAAUUGUAAAAUUUGGCUACUGUUCAAAUGUCAUUUUAAAAUAUCAAGCUUACCUUUAAUUCAGUAUAUUUGAUUACAAAAUUGGCAUUUUUUAGAGAGUUAUCUGGAACUCUUGUUAUAUGGGAAACUAUGGAAGACCGGAAAACACUAAAAAAAACUAUCUUUACAUUAAAAUAAUCUCUAUAAUUCAUCCAACUAACUAAUAAUCGUAUUCUGUGUAGUGAUUAACUUCUCACCGUAACUUCAAUAUCAUUUCUCAAAGUCAUGACAUUUGGGGUCUUAUCACAUUGUGAGAAUAAGACAGUCAUCUCACUAAUGACACUUUAUGACAGUCAUGUAGCAAUGACAGUUGAAAGAAGCUAAAAAUAUGAACUAUUGCAUUCUAACUCAGUGAUUUAAAGGUAAUAUACUCAUCACAAGACUAUGUUUUCGGGUCUGAAUCCUGUUAAAGUAAUGGAUAUUCAUUACUGAAAAGUCCCAAGCUAGGAAAAAUCAGUUGUUUGAUUCUGCUUAGUUUUAAACGGUUAUUUAAACAAAGUUCGUCUGUAAUAUCAAAUAUAUUCCAAUGCAAAUAAUCUCCAAAAUACACCCAAUAAUCAGCACUUCAUCAAUCUUAAAAGGUAUUUGAAAAAACAAUGGGUUAAGUUCCAACUGGUAAUCUUACAUUACAUUUCACCUAUUUACUACUGAAUACUUUUGUUCCGAUAGUUUAUUUAAGGAAAUGUUGCAAUCAUACAUAACGUCGUUCUAGGUUUGAAUAUUUCAGUGUGUUAACAUCUAGGAAUUUAAAAGUCAUGGAUCCAGGUUCAUUAAGCCUCUUGCAUAAAACGUAGGCUUAUUACUUAUCUGACCAAAAUAAAGUUUACAACGGUUGACAUGCAAUGAGAUUAUCACAAAAACUACAGCUUAGUUUGGUAAUAUGGUUAGGUUUUUGAACGUCACUAACAAAUUUCGAUGAGAGACCAUACUACUAUUAAGUAGUUAAACAAUAGUACAUAAAUUAUUAUUUUGAUUAACGGUACUAUGAAAUCCCCAAUAUCGGUUUUUAGAAUAAAUAAGUGUUAAAUAAUGUGGAAUACUCUGCAAGAAAAGUAAAAAUCGAUGGAAAUGAGUAACAAUAAUGGUUCAAAACCAAAUGAAUAAUGCUCAAAAGGAAUCAAUAUUUGUUUUGACAACAGGAGAAUUCAAUGACUGGUUUCAAACCGAGUGUAGCAACUUCCCGUAAGGAUCAGCUGCAUGAUCAGCCUCACACUUUGUUCCACGGAUUACUGCUUGAUAUGGGUUUCUGAAAAAGACCUUUAGUGCUUAGUAUCUUAAAGAAUGUAUUGAUGGAUUAUUAAAUAUCAAGUCAAAAUAUAUAAUGGAUCCCUUUCCAGGUUGAUAUACCAGUAAUUGACACAGACCGGAAGAUAGAUAGGACUUUAAUGUGGUGAAAAGAGGAGAGAAGCGGUUCGAAAGGAGUUAAUGAGAUCAAGGAAUGAGAAUUUGCAGAUAACACUCAACGGAAGAUUUAGAAGGGACAAAUUGGGUCACAAUGACUGAUUUAGGGCCAUGCCAACCAGUGUUCCCAACAGGAAACUACAGAUAAUUUGUUGACCUGAACCAAGAAUUUUGCGCCUACUUACACGACUCAGAACACGUCAAUUAUGUAAUGGACUGGUGGUAUAAAUUGGUUUGUUCGCCGCCAUAUUUCUCCCAAAUAAUUUUUGUGACUGUCAUCAUUUCGCAUGAGGUAAGCGAUCGCUCUACAUGCGUAGCAUAUACCCUAGACAUUUCAAUGGACGAAAAUAACGGUCUUAACAACCGAUUUGUCAUCUUCACCAAGUACCUUACUUUUGUCUAACCUUGACGACACUCACUUGGUGUUUCCAUUACAUUUCUAAACAACGCUAUAAAGAUAACUAUGGUUAAGUGAUUGUGACCGAAAUAUACGUUUCUCUUUCAUUUUGUACUGUUGUUUAAUGUUUAAAUGGUUCCUAAAUAUUAAUGAGAUUCCUUAGUUGAUUUAUUUUGAUGAAUUAGACAAAAUUCAAUAGAUGAUUUUGAGAAGAAAAUACAGUUUGUUUUUUAAAUGUAAUCAGUUAGUAAGUUGACAAAUCUUAUGUGUUUACAAAAUGUAUAUCAGCAUGAUUUCGCCAGUUUGUAACUUUAUGUUUUAAGAUGACAGAUUUUACUCUCAUCCUUUUCUUUCUUUUCGCCUAUAGAAGUUUGACUAGGCAUUUAUGUUUGCACAAUACGUAAUCACUCAUUCGUAGUCAUUUUAUCUGCAGAAUAUUCUCAUACAUCUGAUCCCUAUUCUCACUAUUUUAUUCAAUCUUCCAAUUCUUUUAUGUUCUCUCAGUUUGAUGGUUGUAACCUCUCCUUCAAAGAACAUCCUCAUGAUAUUACCGAGAAGUACAAUGAAAGUGUCUCAGUUAAAUUAUUCAACUCACAAAGAAAACCACACUUUCCAACAUCCUCAUCUUAAGCUACAAAUAUUCGCUAAUAUUUAUUUCAUCUAUUGAUUUUAGAAAGUGAUCACUUUGGUUGUUAAAUAUAAUCUUCCCAAAAAUACGUUUAAGCUGAAUCAUUAUGCAUUUACAAGUUUAUUUGCUUUUGUAAGAUGUUUAUAGAUUCUCAAGUAUCUGAUGAUUUAACAAAAUAAAAGAAUAUCAGGUUUUAAUACAGAUUGUUAUGUCCCGAUAAGAAUAAUGAAUGGUACAUUUUGGGGUCCAUUUACAGACCGAUACUAUAUGCAUAUUUUUAUCGUAUAAUUAUUCAGUAACUAAGCUAUGUAUAUUCAUGUUCCUACUACCAUAAGCUCUAUUUUGAUCUAUAGACUAUUAUUAUACGAUUUACCAUUAUUCAGUUAUGCCCAAUCUAUCAAUUACUACCUCCCAUAUUCACAGACACAUUUGGCUAAAUCUUGUACAAAUGUUUUUUUCUAUUUUAUGGUACAAUGUGGUCUGUUUGAUUGGUAUAUAAACCCAGUAUGUUUGAAAUACAUGUUUUAUAUCGCAGAGGCUGAGAUUUGUGUUCUGGACUUAACAGGCUGGACUAGAUGUGAAGCAGGACCGAUACAGAGUCUAGACUGCUUGUACGGGUUUUAUGCGUCAUUGGUCCGAUCGAUAAUUCACUGUUCUCUAAUUGGCGGUAUCAUCCCAUUAUACAUUAACAGGGU